CUCUUUUCCCGAGAGAACCCAGGACUGUCCGCCGACUUACAACCUCCCUGUUCAAUCGCACGCUGCAUGUGCAGCCGUCCGCUGUCUACAUAUAUAUAUAGAACUACAACCUGGUUUCAAUACCGACCUCACAUAGUCCUUCAAUCGUUGAGACACAGGUUGCGAUCGUCCCCACUGCGGACGAUUUCCAAAUAGAUAUACCUUUGGAAAACCGGUCGGCAAGCGAAGGAACGAAACAAAGGGAAACACCGCUUGGAAGUCAUGGCGUGGGCUCUGGGCUUGACGUCGGUACAACAGUGCAGCAUACGGCCGAUGGGGUUGCAAUUGUGCGCACAGGCAAUAAGAGCAGGCCGCGGACAUGUACCAGCGAUGGCAUCACAACGGCCGAGUGCAGGCUCAAUACACAGAUUCCUGCGAACACCUCCGCCGAAAUCAAGACGGGUGGGUGAUACCCCACCACAGUACAUCCCAUCCCCAUCCCCUCUCCCUCCCCAACAAGGUCAGCGACUCGGCAGAAUACAACUAGCGAAGCAAGUCCCCACCGACCACCCCCCCACCGACCCAUCUCUCAUCCCCCACACAUCCAGCCCCAAGCGCACCAUCCUCCGCCCUAUCCUCUUCUCCCUCGCCGUCGUGGGCCUAUCCUUCGGCGUCGCAUCCUACGAACGCGCACGCGGACGCUGGGCAGCCGAAGACAAAACCAAGCUGGGUGCCUUAUUCAACCUCGACACCUUCUUCGGCACCGACUCAAGAUCAUCGACACCCGCCACGAAACCUAAACCGGGUAGUUGGGAAACCUACCUCCCUGAACCCCUCUUCCGGAUCAAAUCCAUGCUCACCCACUCCUGGGACACCGCCAAACCCUCCCUCAAGCUGGUAUACAGCAUCAUCGGCCUCAACACCACCAUCUUUCUCCUCUGGCGCAUUCCCUCACUCCAACCUUUCAUGCUCCGCCAUUUCACUCACCACCCUCUCUCCGGGCGCUCGUACACUUUGCUGACAUCCGCGUUCAGCCAUGAAGGAUUGCUGCAUCUUACGUUCAAUAUGUAUGCGCUGUAUGGGUUUGGGACGUUGUUGCAGGAUCGCGUGUUGGGGAGCACGGAGCAGAUGGGCGCGUUUUAUGUGAGCGCGGCGGUGUUGGCGAGUUUGGGGAGUCAUCUGUUCACCACACUGUGGUUGGGGAAGUAUAGAGCCGUGAAGGGGAGUUUGGGAGCUAGUGGGGCUAUCUGGGCGACAUUGACGGGGUAAGUCGGUCAAUCCCACCUCUACAAUCUACCCUACCCACCUCUCACUCACCAUCCACUCCCACAUCCACAGCUGCGCUGCAAUGUACCCGCACCUCCCCGUCGGCAUCAUCUUCCUCCCCGGCCUGCACUUCACGAUGGGCGACCUCCUCCCGCUCAUGGUCGGUCUCGACGUUGUUGGAUUAGUUCGUGGCUGGGCGAUGUUUGACCAUGCGGCGCAUUUGACGGGGGCUGUUGUCGGGUGGCUUUAUGUGAUGUAUGGACGGCGGUGGUGGGUGGAGGGGCAGGGGUG